AUGGAAGCCGCUAAGGACAUGUACUCGCCGACGACUAACCCCAACGGGUUCAUCAAUGUGUCUAUAGCGGAGAACAUGCUCAUGUUCGAUUGGCUGCAGGAGAAGCUGGCCAAUCGCGCCCCGAUAGAGCCGGAGGUGGCGCGCUACAACCAGAUCACGGGCAUGCCGCGCUUCAAGGCGGCUGUAGCGCACACCGUGCAGCGGCUGCUGCUGCCACGCUGCCCGGGGCUGGUAUCACCAGAGAACAUUUGUGUGGGAGCAGGAGUGAGUGCUAUAGUGGAGCACCUGGCGUACACCCUGUGUGAUGCGGGCGAGGGGGUGCUCAUCCCCGCGCCCUUCUACCCAGGCUUCAUUGGCGACUUUCAGCUCAGAAAUCGAGUGGAGAUCAUACCAGUCGCAACAGCGGACCAGCGUCUCUUCCAGCCCACCCCCGAAGACUGCCAAUCCGCACUGGAAGCAGCAGCAGCGAGGGGCGUGUGCGUGCGAACCAUCGUGCUCACCAACCCCACCAACCCGCACGGCACUGUGUGGCCCGAAGCAGCGGUGGCGGCGCUGGUGGCGUGGGCGCUGCAGGCGGGCCUGCAUGUGAUUGCGGACGAGGUGUACUCUGCAUCGGUGUUUGGGGAUGGUGUUCCGGAGUGUGUGAGCGGGGUGGAGCUGGCAGAGCGACUUGUGGCGGAGGGGAAGGCCUCACGAGAGGAGGUGGAUGACAGGGUGCAUCUGACGUACGGCAUGAGCAAGGACUUCACACUCAAUGGCUUCCGGGUCGGCAUCCUCUUCUCGCGCAACCGGAAGCUGCUCACUGCGCUACGCAUGGUGAACAUCUUCUCGUGGGUGUCGCAGGACACGCAAUGGGCGCUGAGCUCACUGCUUGAGGAUGACGCGUGGGUGGACGCGUUUUUGGCAGAGAACAAGAAGCGACUGCACCGCUCACACCAACUCAUCUGCAGCACACUACAGGAGCUCUCGAUCCCCUUCGUGCCAUCAGGAGCAGCCAUGUUUGUGUUUGCGGACAUGCGUCGCUUCCUCUCUGCGCCCACCUUUGAGGCGGAGAAGCAGCUGUGGACCGACAUCAAGGACGGGGCCAAGCUUGUCAUGGUACCCGGGUAUUUCCGCCUCUGCUUCUCAUCGGUUCCCUACGAGCAUCUGGAAGUCGCCUGUGCUAGGCUAUUUGCCUUCUUCAACGCAAGAGCAGUCAAAUCUCUUGAAACGCCUGCUGGAUAA